GGCGGUGAUGGGGUGUCGGGGAGGGACAAUAAUGUGUAUACUUUUGUUAUCGAUCGCCAGGAUCUCCCAGAAUAUGGCAGUUCCUAUCCGCCUUCCAGCCUUACUGCACGUAUAGGACCAGUGGCUCUUGGCUUCAGACACAAAUCUGCAAAGAUACUAGGGCUUGGACAAUCUUUACAUGAAUGUAUCUCUUUAAGUGAACUUGUGAUUAUUUUUUGCAGAAAAGGAUAUAAAAAAAAUGGCCGAGGUUCCAGAAACCAGGUUACCUAAGAAUGUUGUUAUAGCCUUUGAUGGGAGCGAUCACGCUAAACAUGCGCUGAAAUUUUAUGCCGAGAAGCUGCACAUGCCCGGUGAUCAUGUAUUUCUUGUGUACAGUGUCGAGGUCAGUGACGUCAUACAGCAAGGUAAAGUACUAUCAGCGCCAUUUAACAUGGACCCGGAAGUGUUUAAAGACCUCGUACAGAAAGAAGUCAAGAGAAUACAAGGGGAAUUAAUAGAGUUCGCUAAAUAUCUCCGACAAAUGAAGCUGGAAGGCACAGUUAAAAGCACUCACGCAGAAAAACCAGGAGAAGGAAUACUCAAUAUUGCAAAAGAAGUGAAUGCGUCGCUGAUCAUCACCGGAAGUAGAGGACAGAGCAAGCUGCGCAGAACGUUUCUGGGCAGUGUUAGUGAUUACGUCAUGCAUCAUUCUCCCGUUCCUGUUCUUGUAUGCAGAAAAGAGAACUGACAACGGCUGAUAUUUUACGCGUGAAAGCUGAUUCGCAUUAGGAAUGUGUUCACAAGACUUUGUCCGCAAAAGUUUUAAAUUAUGGGUAUUCUGAACUGCCUCUUUUUGUUAUUUGUUCGUUUAUGUUUCCUAUUUUUUGUAAGGCCUUUUUUAUACAAAUAUUUAUGUUGACUUCGCAUAUUCUACAUCUUAAACAUUCUGAAUAAAGUUGAUAAGAUGCAA